CCUAUAAACGCACCUGCUUAUUUCCUUUUGUUAACCGGCGUCGGUCCGUUUGAAACAGUGGUUAGUAAUUGUUUUCGGUGUUGAUCUGAAAGUAUGCCUCCUCCGACAGAGAAAAGAACGCUUGAGGAAGCGGAAUCCAUUUUGGAAGGGGUAAAAGCAGUGGUUUUGGACAUAGAGGGAACGAUCACGCCCAUAUCAUUUGUGAAGGACAAAUUGUUCCCAUAUAUUAGAGAAAACAUUGAAACCUACCUGACCAGCAAGUUUGAUGAUGAUGAGACGAAAGCUGAUAUCACAGCUCUUAGAGAUUUGGCCAAGAAGGACAAGGAAGGUGGGGCAGAUGUUGUUGAAAUCCCGGACUCAACAGAUGAUAACGAGGAUGCGGUUGUGAAGGCUGUAGUAAAGAACGUUAUAGCUCAGAUGGAUGCGGAUAGAAAGUCAACAGAGCUUAAACAGUUGCAGGGUCACAUGUGGCGAGAGGCAUACAAGACGAAAAAAGUUGAGGGAGAAUUAUUUGAGGACGUGGGACCAGUGUUACAGCAGCUGUGUGAGGAAGACUUCCGAAUCUAUAUUUACUCCUCGGGAAGUGUCGAGGCACAGAAACUUCUCAUUGCAAAUUCUACAGAUGGCGACCUUACAGAGAUCUUUUCUGGUUUCUUUGACACCAAUGUUGGACCAAAGACCGAGGCUGAGAGUUAUAAAACCAUUCGGGCAGAAAUCAUCAAGGACUUUGACGGAGAAUCAGUUGAUGUGGAAGAAAUACUCUUCCUUACUGAUAGCCCCGCUGAGGCUAAAGCUGCAAGACUUGCGGGCUGGGUGGCGAUACUUGUGGACAGAUCUCUCGAACAGGAAGACAGUAUAGAAAUCGACGAGGCGACUCGACAGUCUUUCCAGGUUAUUGAAAACCUGCACGACCUGUUUGGAGAUGAUGAUCUCGACGAAAUGGAAGGAUUUGAUGGACAGGUUAAAAGAGUAAAGCUGGCUGCCAAUGGAGAGUUUGAUGAUGAUGAUGAAGAUGACGAAGACGAGGUGGAUGAUGAUGGUGAGGAGGAUGAAGAGGCAGAAGAUUUCGCUGAGGAUGAGGAGGCCGGGGAAGAUGGAGAGGAAGAGGAGGAGGCUUAAAAAGGGAGAGGUGUCAGGGGAGAUAACUAUGUCUCAUUGUAUAUCAAUUAAUGUGGGGAUAACAGGGCGAGAGUGCCCAGGGGAGAUAAAUGUGCUUUAAAUAAAUUGAAUUGAAUAAUUCUAUGCACAAGUGUUCAAAGUUGGCACUAGCUCCAAGAUAAAAACAUAUUUAAUUGGGUUUUUUGGUCGGUAGAGAAAUCAAAACUUAUUUAUAUAUAGGAUUUAUACAAAUUGGCUAUAAAGUAUAUUUUUGGUUAUACAGAAAAAAACAGGAGUUUGAGGCUAUAGCUUAAAUAAUUGAUCGUUUUUAUGACAUUAUGAGAAAAUAGAGGUUUUUCAUUCCUUCAGCGUGGGAUGAAAAGUACAGGAUUUACAUCUACAGAAAUUAUAAUAUUUUAGAAAUAUUCAAACUUAACAUUUUGUAAUUUUAGAAUGAAACGCAUAGGAAUUAUUUUGUAUCAAUGAUGGAUGGAUGCACUCUCAGUAGAUUGAUCGUUUUGACAACUUAUUUAUUUUUUGUCUUGGAAUGGGCCUAUUUUUACGUAAAUAUCUGAAAACCAGUGACUCAAGACUGCUUAUAAAAGAUGAGAUUGCAGUUUUUCAUAAUUACGUUCGAAAAUUGAUAGUUAUGGUACUAACGCUUUAAGAAAGAUUAGUUUUUCGGCAGUUGCCAAUCAGUUGAGAUCUGAUCUUUUGUGAAUCAUCUUAUAUGACUGAAUUGAAGGCAUUGUCAAAACUUUCAAUCUGAGAGAGUGUGGCUUUAAUGUCAGUUUUACGCCAUAGAGCUCGACGUGCGUCAUCCGAUAUCCAAAUCCAUUUUUUGUACAGAACUAGAUGUAUGUUGUUUUAUAUCCUCAUUUUGUUAAUGAUAUGGCCUAAUAUGGAUAUUACUGGUAUGUGAAUCUUGUUUUCAUUAUUUAUCACAUGUUUUGAUCUUCUCUCUUACGCUGAAUUAAUAACUCGUCUGACAUUUUGCAUGCACCAUUUCUACAGUUAUAAUGUCAAUUCAUUAGAAUUAAAUUUCAUCUCAGAUCUCAGUCAUUUUGAUACUCAUUUGGAAAACUCUUAUAACAGGAUUCAACACUAACUCUACUUCCUGUGGGUUCUGAAGGGACACCACAAAUUUAACCCAAGUUUCACUAUUUAAAGUCAGGUGCCCCUUACAGAAAAUUGUCAUUUGGACUUGUUUUCUUCUAAAAAAUUUAUGUUUUUUUGCCUGUUGAAAAAUUUCUUUAAAAAAAAUUUGUUUAUUUUUUUCAAAUUCCGGGUGAUCUCUAUCCACUGCCGGAAAAUGGGGGGAAGGAUCAAAAAUUCCGGGGAUUUUUCCCUUUGCUGGGUGAUAUGGCAUAUAUGGUUUUAAUACUGAAUUGUUUUACCAAAAAUUUCAUAUUAAACUUGCUGUAGAAGGGCUCUUAAAUUCUUCAUAUGUCAUACCUACCCUACCUAUUUUUUUUAAGGAUGUAACCCUAACCAAACAAAUUUUUUUUUUAGGCCUUAGUAUUGUUAUUGUCUUACAAAGAUAUCUAUUAGGGUUUGCUUGAGAGUAACAAGUAUUUUUUCCUUCUAUCAAACGAAAGAUUUAUGGUGUCCUGCUGGGACACCUGGGUCUGUAUUCACUAAGGCCUUAGACUGAGUUUGAGACUUGGGCUCAGAAAAAUAAAUUCUUAAAUGUUCCAAAAUAUCUAUGCUAUGACUAAUUUUGACAACAGAUGUGUGCUUGUUUAUAGAACAGAUUAUUUUAAGCAGGUAAAGCUCUUUUGACCAUAUUUACACCUGUAAUAUCCUUUUUACAGUAAAAUUAAGAUAUGGCUUUUCUAAGCUGUAGUCUUAAACUCAGCCUCAGGACAUUAAUGAAUUCGAGGCCUGACCUGGAAGUUCUUGUGUCCCCUCCAUGAAAUAUAGUGUACACUGGUUCAAGGGAUUCUGUUCGUGUCAGACUCGGAAUAUUGUCUUACAGAUAACAGACGCUGUAUUCUGCUGUAUACUGAUAGAGAUUGGUUAAUCGUUUUGCAUCAAAGUCGCUAAAUAAAGCUACAAUAUAGUGAGAACCAGUCUGAUUAAAUGGAUAAAACGAAGAAGCACCAAAUGCUUAGAAACAUGUUAACAAUACACAAUGCUAUCCAAAUUUUCCGAAACUAAAUCUAUAUAUUUAUUUUUAAAUAAAUAAACAGAAAAAUUAAAAUGAAUAUAGUUUUGGAACUGCAUACAUUUUUUCGCUAUCUGCAUAAUAACAAUAAUGUCAUAUAUGAUAUCUUUAUUUAGUCAUUUUCAUAUUUACCAAAAAUGACGCAGCUAUACAAUGAGGAACAUUGGUAAACAGCUCGAUAAUGAUGCAAAAAUCAAGAAUCAAUCAGAAAAACCAUGUAUUGAAAUUAUUUUUAUUCAGGGAUGAUAUGUUGUAUUGUGUUGUAAAAAUGGCAGACUGAUUGGAUGUAUGAUUAUUACAAGUAACCCAUGUGUAUUUGUUACUAUGCUUAGGAUUAAGUGUCCAUGCAUUUAUUGUUUGUUUAUGUCAUUUAUAUCAUUGUUUUGAAGUAUACAUCUCUUAUUUUAAUUUGUAACUUAUUCUUAUGUAUUUUACUUUCACAAUCAUUUUCAAUUUCCUUUUUAUACAAGUGUUACCAUACAAUAGUCAUUUUGUAUUGGUUUUAUUCAAUUACGUUUAAUACUUGUUUUGUCUGUUAUAAAUGUUUUUGCGUAUUUGUAAAAUCCAAACUCAAGCACAUUUAAAGCUGCACUCUCACAGAUGACCGUUUGACAAAAAAAUUAAAAAAAAUUCUGUCCAUUUUUUUCUUGUGUAUAUCUGAAAACAAGUGAUAUAAAACUGCUGACAAAAAAUCAGAUCGCUUUUUUCACAUUUACUCUUGAAAAUUGAUGUUUUAUGGCUAAAACCUAAAAUCUGUGAGAGUCCAGCUUUACCAAUUAACCUUUGCUUGUUAGUUCAUUUAAAAUCACUGCAAUGUGGAAUUUUGUAAGAACUGAACAAUUGUACAUAUAUUUUCAUAUCAAAACCAAGCACAUUAAGUACCAUAUAUUGUCAGUUAUCAUGUCCCAACUGUUGCGUGGCAGUUUAUGGAAGCUGAACAAUUGUAUAUAGCUUUUUUUGUCAUAACAGAACUGAGCACAUCUAGUACCACAUAUUGUCAGUUUAUCAUGUCCCCACCCUCGUGUGGAAGUUCAUGAUAACUUAACAAUUGUAUAUAGCGUUUUUUGUCAUUUCUUAACCAAGCACAUCUAGUACCAUAUAUUGUCAGUUAUCACGUCCCCACCCUCCGUGGAAGUUCAUGAUAACUGAACAAUUGUAUUGAACAAUUGUAUAUAGCGUUUUUUGUCAUAACAGAACCGAGCACAUCUAGUACCAUAUAUUGUCAGUUUAUCAUGACCCCACCCUCGCGUGGAAGUUUAUGAUAACUAAACAAUUGUAUAUAGCGUUUUUUGUCAUUUCUAAACCGAGCACAUCUAGUACCAUAUAUUGUCAGAUUAUCACGACCCCACCCUCGCGUGGAAGUUCAUGAUAACUGAACAAUUGUAUAUAGCGUUUUUUGUCAUUUCUUAACCAAGCACAUCUAGUACCAUAUGUUGUCAGUUAAUUACGACCCCACCCUCGCGUGGAAGUUCAUGAUAACUGAACAAUUGUACAUAGCUUUUUUUGUCAUAUCAAAACCAUGCAUACAGGUAUAAGUAUCAUCUUGCAAACAAACCACAUUUUCAAUGUGGCGGUUUGCCUCAAACGAGCAUAAUUUAUAAUAUUUUCUGUGGCUUAAUAUGUACCUGAAUGUCUGUGGUCUAACAUGCACCUGUUUUGAUGGGUCAAUCCCCAUUCACAUACCUAUAGCAGGGAUGUGAUUUGUGGCCCCAGAACCCCCCCCCCCCCCCCCCCCCCAAAAAAAAAACAACCUGAAAAAAAAAAAUUUGGUUGCUUUCAGUUGUUUAAGCUAAUAUACCAGUUGGCUUCAAAUUUGUAGUCAGGAGAGCCCUUAAAAGAGCUUCUAAAAAGCCAUUUUUUCUUCUACAGCAGUGCGCUUUUGACCCCCAAGAGCGCCCAUAUUAACCCAUGGCCGAAAAUGUUUCAGCCCUCCAGCUGCCAGGUCAAUCACAUCCCUGCUAUAGUUACAGGGGUUUAGCAGAAGAGUUAUGGAAGGGUGCUAAUCCCUGUCCUGUUUUUGGUAGCACCAUUUUGCCUUCCUGGAGACCAGCAUGGGCACCCUCCUGUCGUAAUAGACUACUUAAAUAUUUCUUUAUUUGAUUUAAAUUAAAAGCUGUUUAUAAAUUCAUACAAACUGGACAUAUUUGGCAGUUGAAACCAAAUAUUUACUUCAAUAAGGCACAAUUCUUCGCAAUAACUGGCAAAUUCAUUAGAUCCAAUUCUUCACAGCUUGACACCAUGUGCCUUUUUAUACGCCCGAAGGGUCGUAUUAUGUUAUGGCCUCCAUCGUCUGUCCGUCCGUCUGUCUGUCUGUCCGUCCGUUAGCAAUUCCGUGUCCGGGCCAUAACUUGGUAACUAAUAAAGUGAUUUUCAAAUAACUUUAUACAAAUCAUCACUACAUUAAAAGGAUGUAUCGCGUGCAAUUUCCAGGUCCAUACCUCAAAGACUAGAAUCACCAUGGGGGUGCGUUAGCAAAUCCGUGUCCGGGCCACAACUUGGUCACUAAUUAAGUCAUUUUCAAAUAACUUUAUACAAAGCAUCAUUACAUUAAAAGGAUGUGUCGCGCGCAAUUUCUAGGUCCAUACCUCAAACACUAGAAUAACCAUGGGGGGGCGUUAGCAAUUCUGUGUCCGGGCCACAUCUUUGUUACUAAUAAAGUGAUUUUCAAAUAGCUUUAUACAAAUCAUCACUACAUUAAAAGGAUGUGUCACAUGCAAUUUCCAGGUCCAUACCUCAAAGUCUAGAAUCACCAUGGGGGGACGUUAGCAAUUCCAUGUCCAGACCAUAACUCAAAGACUAGAAUCACCAUGGGGGGGGGCGUUAGCAAUUCUGUGUCCGGGCCACAUCUUUGUUACUCGUCCGUUAGCAAUUCCGUGUCCGGGCCAUAACUUGGUAACUAAUAAAGCGAUUUUCAAAUAACUUUAUACAAAUCAUCACUACAUAAAAGGACCUCAAGCCGAAUCUUCUUCGGGCGUAUAAUGCUCCGUUUCGCGGUGCUCUUGUUCUCCCUAAUAGCACCCUGUCCCUUUUCUGCAGAACCAUGCCCUUUAUAUAACCUGGCUUAAACCCUACAGUUAUCCAAAAAUCAAAUUUUAACCACUGGAUAUGGUAACAAAACAAACUUCUAACUAUUUGUAAAAUUCAAUUAAUGGAACCUUUUCUAAAAUAUCUCAAACUAGCUAUGAUCGCCUGCCUUAAACUGGCAGAAAUGAACACCACUUUUUCCUCCAACAAAUUCAUUAUUUGAUUAUGACGUCACAAUAUUAUAAAUCAUGAUAGUUCUCUGAGGCACAUUUGUUUGCUUGUUAUGAUUGUAAAUAGCAUUUGUCGUUGUACAGUUGUCACUUUUGUUUUUUGAUAAUGUAUAUCAUGUACUGUUUUUUAUGUAUUUAAACAUCAUUUUUGCACAAUUUAUAUAAAAAAAUAUUAUAAACUUUUUAUUCUUAACAGCUGUAUUUAUAGUUUCUUAAAAAGAAAAAGAUCUAUGUAUUUUAUAUUUUAAUAAAUUAAUAAUGGCUUAAAGUCAACUUAUUCUAACGACAUGUAAUAAUCAUAGUUUUGUUUGCAGCGCACUUAUCACGUGGUUCAAAAUCACUUUCUACUGUCUCAAUUAACUUAUUCUUUUUUUUUUACUCAUAAUUGUUAUAAUUGUAUUUUGAACAUUCACAUUGGGCCGAUUGUUCAGAACUUUGAUAAAGUUAACAACGUAACAAGUCAUCGUCAAUCGUCGUGAACUUUAAAAUGAGAACUUUUUUAUGAUGCACGCAUAUAUUUGCAAAAAACACAAGUUGUCUCAAACCAUAUGAGAAAUUCUGCAGAUCACGUGGGCAUCCAUUCAACUUCCAGUGCAGAAACAAUUUUAAAGUUUACAAUGAUGAUGUUAACAACGUUGAUAACUUUAACAAAGUUCAAAUCAAUCGGCCCAAUGACACUGAUCAUAUUUCUCAUUCAAUGCGUCUUAGGGGAGUAUUCAAUAUAGCAUAUGGUCUAAAUUGACAUGGCACUUAAUAUGCCUGCCAAUGCCCUUAACUAUUACCUACUUUGUGUAAUAGUCCAAGUCCAUAUGUUUGUCCAGGGUUAUCAUGUGACUUCUAUUAAGAACAUUUCCCUAUUGGUUUUACAGUUACUGUUUUGAAUGUCGAUUGUAUCCAAGAAUGAUCUGGCGAGUCUGAUUAGUAAAUAUAACACACCAAUACAGGGAAUGUAUCGUAGUCUUUGGAACUCGACUGAUUGAUUGACAGUCACUCAGGUAGUAUUUUAAAUACCACCUAUUGGCAGGUAUUCAAUAUAAUACUUAGGCAAAACAAAUGUGUGGCAAUUGUUACAUCUUGUCCAAAAACAGGUGGGGAAUCGAAGGAGCGAUUUUUUUUAUUUGUUUUAUAAGGCUUUGUAUUUUAAUUUUCAGUAUAACCAUUUAAAAACUACAAAUUAAAUGGCAAAGCUCUAAAACAAAUAUGGAAAGAGUUUUUUAACUGAUGGACUGGCCAUGGGUAGGGUUGGCACCUUUCUUAGGUAAGGACGGGUAAGCUAAACCAGAGCUCUUUUUAUGGCCUUAUCCAUAGACGGACGUCAAAGUAUCGGUGUAUUGAUUUUAUCUUCCAAUGAAAACUCUCUGAUUAUUUACUCCUGGAAUUAAUCUUAAGAGGUUUAUUGAAUACAGCCCCCUGGACAUUUUUACAUCACUAGUUCAUUAACUCAUACAUGAGUUGUGCAAUUGUAUUUAUUUUCAACAUCUUGUGUCAGUUCGUUUUAUAUGUGCAUGUCUAAUCGGAAAAUAAUGGUAUAUGUGUCAGAAGGUUCAAUGUUGAUAGUUUAUGACAGUUAAUGUUAUUUUUUAUAAAAAGAAUUUCAGAAAGAUUUUGGUAAGCAAAAUCUGUAGUAGGUACAUAUGUAAAAAAAUAAAACCUUUUUUAUUAUCAGUUAUUGAAUAUGAUUAGUUAUUGAAUUAAUUUUAAAUCUAAGCAAGUUUCUUUCAAAUAUUUGAUCUAUACAUGUGAAAUAUGAAUUUAGAACUUUGUGCAUCACUCUGUCUGACAUAUUUUUUUUUUUAAGACUGUAUGUUCCUUGUUUUGAUUUCAAAUGGUGCAAAUAUGUGUUCAAUGGGAGAAAUUUGACUGUGAAUAAUUAUUUGUAGUUCCAAGUUGUGUAUAAGUGUGUAUGUACUUUAUGUGUAGAUGUUGAUGAAUCGGUGAACUGUGUCACCACAUGUAACAUGUGUAUACACAUGUUUUUGCAAAAGAAAUAAAACUGUAGAAUGA